UGGGACAAGGGAGGGUCCCCCGAGCUGACUCAUGGCCAUCACACUUCAUCAGAAGGGAGCCAAGGGGGAAAGAAGGAAGCUCCCCCACACCACGCUGCAGAGACUCCUGAGCUGGGGGCUGCCUGUCCCCUGCAGCCGGUUCCUGCAGCGACAGCCCCGCACGUUUCCUGGUGCCGCCUUCCUGCUGGGCGCAAGCAGCGGCGGGCUCCUGGCCAUGGGUCUGUUUCAGCUCCUGGUGAACCCCAUGGACAUCUACGAGGGUCAGAAGAUGGUGGCCUUGUACGGCAUGGUGGGCUUGGGAGCUGUGGGCUGGGGGACCUCCCCUCACAUCCGCUGUGCCAGCAUCCUGUUAGUGCCCAAGAUGCUGGGCAAAGAGGGCCGGCUCUUCGUGCUGGGGUACGCCUUGGCAGCCAUCUAUGAGGGACCUGUGGCCAACCUGCGCUACAACCUCAAUGAGGUGGUCGUGUCGCUGGGCUGCACAGUGGAGCUGCAGGUCAACAACACCCGGGCGGCCUGGCGCGUCUCCACGGCCCCGCUGCGUGCAGUGUUCAAGGACCUGCUGGGCAGCAAAGAUUCACUGCGAGCCGGGACUCAGAACAUCUCCAAGUCCUUCGAGGAGCUGGAUGCCCAGGUGAAGAGUGACGCGGGGUUCGUGCCCGAGGAUGCGUCGGGCUCCGACCCCACAGCCCGCAGGGGCCCGAGCCAGGGAGCCUUUCCUCCCCGGCGGCGCGCACUGUCCACCCAGAAGAUGUAUGAGCUCAAGACCAAGCUGCGCUGCUCCUACGUGGUGGACCAGGCCAUCGCCAGCUGCCGCCGCUGGUUUGACCGGAAGCACCAGCAGUGCCUGCAGCACAUCUGGGUCCCGCUGCUCAGGGACCUGCUCUGCCUGCCGAUGAAGUUCAAGUUCUUCUGCAGCAUCGCCAAGGCGAUGGAGGUUUGGUGUCGUCACCGAAUCCCCGUGGAAGGGAACUUCGGGCAGACCUACGACUCCCUGAACCAGUCUGUUCACGACCUGGACGGGGACUUCUCAGCCACUAUCGAGCUCAAGGAGGAGAAGCGGGCCGCGCUGGUGGGCGCGGACACCAGCUGGGAGCACGUGAGCACGGAGCUGCGGGGCUACGUCCGCCAGCAGGAGGCCCGGCUGCAGUGGGCGCUGGGGCUGCUGCACGUGCUCUUCUCCUGCACCUUCCUGCUGGUGCUGCACGCGUGCUUCUCCUACAUGGACAGUUACAACCGCGACAUUCGCUUUGACAACAUCUACAUUAGCACCUACUUCUGCCAGAUUGACGAACGCAGGAAGCAGCUGGGCAAACGGACGCUGCUGCCACUCCGCAAAGCUGAGGAAAAAACUGUCAUCUUCCCCUGGAGUCCCUCCGUGCAGGCCUCGGAAAUGAGAAACCUGGUGAGGGAGCUCGUGGAGACGGUGCCCGUGCUGCUGCUGCUGCUGCUGCUGUGCGGCCUGGACUGGGCCCUCUACUCCAUGUUCGACACCAUCCGCCACCACUCCUUCCUGCAGUACUCCUUCCGCAGCAGCCACAAACUGGAGGUGAAAGUCGGGGGGCGCUCCAUGCUGGCCCGGCUGCUUCGGAAGACCAUCGGAGCCCUCAACACGUCCUCGGAGACGGUGAUGGAGUCAAACAACAUGCGUGAGCGACGUCCAGCGUCCGGCCUGCCUGCCCCAGCCCCUGAGCCUGGACGCCUGGGCUUACGUGAGAGCGGCGCUCCCCAUCGGCCUGCUGCUGUGUCUCUGCCUGCUCCAAGCCUUCGCCUACCGGCUCCGGAGGGUCAUCGCCGCCUUCUACUUCCCCAAGCGGGAGAAGAAGCGGGUCCUGUUCCUCUACAACGAGCUCCUGAGGAAGAGAGCAGCGUUUACGCAGCUGAGGAGGGCUGCCAUCCUGAGGCAGGCGCGAGAGCAGAAGGCUCCGGUAAGUGCAGGCCUCCUUCCCGUGGCUCCUGGGGUGGUGAUGACCCGCGGCAGGGGCCUCUCCCCUCAGUCCAUCCAGCCGCAGGGCCCUAGGCCCACGGAGCCCAGUGAGUUCUGACGGGAGAGGUGCCAAGGGCCCUGGUCAUCCAGUUCCCGGGGGUCAGGGCUGAGUCCACCUCUCCCCCAGGAUUCGGCCCAGCCUGAGACACUCAGUGGGCCGUGAGGAAGCAGGCAGAAAAGGGGGAUCCGAUUUGAGGUCUGGCUAAAAAAAAGCAAGGGGGCUCCAUCAGAAGCAAGGGACUGAAGGCAAGCCACAAGUUCUACUGAGUGUCUCUGGGGGUGGUGGGGAAACUGGGGGGCUCGGGGUGCAUUCCAGAAGGCGUCAAGAAGGGCCACGUGGGAUAAGGAGAAAGCGCAGAGCCAGAAGAACUGGGUUCCAGUUACACUUCCUCAUUAUGCUGGGCGACCUUGGCUAUGGUCCCCACCAGACCUCAGUGUUCCCCUCUGAAGGUCAGGGAGCUUGGAGAGAUGUGUGAGACCUGUGCAGUGAUCAGCAACAGUGGGGCCGGGGCCGCAGGCUGCCGGCGCGAGAGGGCCUGGAUUUCAAUCCUGGCUCCCUUCUUUAUCGCCCUGACAACUGGGAUCUGGAGUACUUGCUAAUUGCUGGGCCUUGGUUUUUCCCUUCUGUCACCCGGAGUGAGCUGCCACUCCAUCUGGUUGUUGUAAGGACUGAGGGAGUCUCGGUC